AUGGUCAGCCGCUCAAACGACGCCGAGGAAUCGUUCCUCCCGUCAUCUCGCACCCCAGGAACACCGGUCAAGACACGAUUAGCAAGAUCGGGGACGAGCCCAACAAAAAGAGAUGAUAAGUCGUCAAAGUCGUUAUCGAAGGAUGAUUCAGAACUCAAGGAUUAUCAAUUGGGCGAUUGUCUAGGCAAGGGUGCAUUUGGAUCGGUGUAUCGAGCCCUCAACUGGAACACCGGAGAGACAGUUGCAGUGAAACAAAUAAAACUAGCUGAUCUCCCGAAGAGCGAAUUGAGAGUUAUUAUGCUUGAAAUCGAUCUCCUCAAAGCUUUAGAUCACCCUAACAUUGUAAAAUAUCAUGGUUUCGUGAAAACUCCCGAAAUGCUCAACAUCAUCCUCGAGUACUGUGAAAAUGGAUCAUUACAUAGUAUUGCAAAGAACUUUGGCCGCUUUCCCGAGAAUCUCGUGGCUCUCUACAUGUCGCAGGUCUUGCAGGGCUUGCAGUACCUUCACGACCAAGGUGUGAUCCAUCGAGAUAUUAAAGGUGCAAAUAUCCUCACGACCAAGCAAGGGCUCGUCAAGCUGGCGGAUUUUGGUGUCGCUAGUCGCACAACCGGGUUACAUGAAUCGAGUGUUGUUGGCACUCCAUAUUGGAUGGCGCCUGAAGUCAUUGAGCUUUCAGGAGCGACGACGGCUUCAGAUAUUUGGAGUCUCGGUUGUACAGUGAUUGAGCUCCUUGAUGGAAAGCCUCCGUACCACAAACUACAGCCUAUGCCGGCUCUUUUCCGUAUAGUAAACGAUGACCAUCCUCCCCUCCCUCAAGGAGCAUCACCCGGAGUUAAAGAUUUCUUGAUGCAAUGUUUCCAAAAGGACCCCAACCUUCGCGUAUCUGCUCGCAAACUUCUGAAGCAUCCUUGGAUUGGCAACGCUCAUCGAUCCGAAUCAGUGGUUCCAAAGAAACCCACUGAAUACGAAGAGGCAGUCAAGAGUGUCCAGGAAUGGAACGAGGCCCUUCGCUCUCCGGACUCUACGACAAUUAGAAGGCCAGGUCGAACUGACCCUCAAGGGCCCAAUCACUCACGGCUUGAUCCUAUAAAUACAGCAUUAAGAACCAAGGACUUAACAUCUCCUCGAACUAUGUCUGGAAAAUUUCGCUCUCCUGAUCCGGAAGACAAUUGGGACGACGAUUUUGACUCCGCCAUUUCGCCUCGUGCACUUGAACUCCCACAUUUGCGACCAUAUGACCAUCUCGGAGGAAUACUCUCUUCGGAACAACUGAAAGCCUUUGCUUCUCUGGAUGGUACCACUAUGAGAGACCCGUUGGGUAGCUUUUCUGAAGUUGACACAACUUUUGGGGCUACAGACUCUGAUCCGCUCGAGACGAUUCGCCCACUGCCGCGGAAAGUGGUGGAGGAGAACAAACAGCAUGUCAAGAGUCGGUCGCGUCACAGAUCAAGCCAAAGCGUCCCGGUUGUUGCAGGUGUACAGGCACUUAAUACUAAGCCGGGUAAUUCUCCGUCAAAACACCUACGCCAACCACGCCCAACAGCUUUUUAUUCAGAAAGCGCAGAUGAGGACUUUUCAGAUCUCAUAGUUGCUAAUGAUGAUGUUUUGGAACGUAAACUCGGGAUGUUUUCGGAAGUUGAUGACAAUGCCCCCAAGACCGCGUUGCUGAUCCCAGCUCAAAGGAAGGUAUCAAUCGACAGUAUCGACCCAAAAGAAAGUAAAACGAAUUUCCCAAUCCGACUAAAAACUAGAAGCUCCUUCAAACGUAGCAAAUCUUCAAUCGAGAUACAAAAAUUCACGGAGGAUGAACAUGAUGAGGAUUUUUCCGACAUUUUCGGUAACGAAGAGAGCGGCCUACCAAAACCAGUCAGCGAGCAUGGUUCAGAGAAAAACGCACUUAUGCUGCAGUCUAAACUCUCCAAUAAUUCGUGGCUAGGAGACCAAGACGAUGAAGAUGACCCUUUCGCUCAAUUAGAGGAGGGAUUUGAUGAAAUGGACUUGGAAGCAAACAUUGCCCGCGACAAAUACGCCCGCCUACGUAACCAGGUUGAGAGUCUCGUCAGCUCUCUAAAGACUUCACAGGAUGAUGACGUGCUUGCGGACAUUUCAGAGCAACUACUAGUCACUUUUGGCGAUUUACCAGAAACGAAGGCAAUCAUCAUUGGAUCUCAUGGCAUGCUUCCCAUGCUUGAGAUACUAGAAGGCUGUCGGCGACGCGACAUCAUAUUCAAUCUGCUCAAGAUCAUCAACUCAAUCAUCUACAACGAUUACGAGAUACAGGAGAAUCUAUGUUUUGUUGGUGGUAUUCCGAUCAUCAAUGAAUUCGCGUCGAAGAAGUACCCUCGCGAGAUUCGACUAGAGGCUGCAACAUUCGUGCAGCAGAUGUAUCAAUCCUCGACUCUGACGUUGCAGAUGUUUGUUAGCGCCGGUGGUCUCAAUGUUUUGGUUGAUUUUCUUGAGGACGACUACGAAGAUGAGCGGGAUCUCGUCCUGACCGGUGUCAACGGUAUAUGGAGCGUUUUUGAACUUCAAGGAUCAACCCCAAAAAAUGAUUUUUGCAGAAUCUUAUCGCGAAAUUCCGUACUGGACCCGUUAUCGCUUGUGCUAAGCAGAGUACUCGAUGAAGAGGAGGAAUUAGCAAAAAUAAGUGAGGGCCGCAUAGCAAAUAUCUUUUUCAUCUUCUCCCAAGCAGAAAAUCAUGUCAAGGAAAUGGUUGCGGAAAGAACUGUACUACACAGAGUACUCAAGGAACUGAGACGCAUGACCCCGACUCACCAGAUCACAAUGCUCAAAUUUAUCAAGAAUCUCUCUAUGCUUUCUACAACACUGGAAUCGUUACAAAACUCGAAUGCAAUUGAUGUUCUCACAGAACUUCUACGUUCCACCAUGAAACAGCCUCACUUCAGGGAAGUUUCGAAUCAGAUCCUCAACACCAUAUAUAACAUGUGCCGGCUCAGCAAACCGCGACAAGAGGAUGCAGCUUUGAAUGGUAUUAUUCCUCUUUUGCAGAAGAUAGUCAAGACGGAACGUCCUUUGAAAGAGUUUGCACUUCCUAUUCUGUGUGAUAUGGCUCACUCAGGGAAAGUUGGCCGUCGUGAACUUUGGCGUAAUAAGGGCUUGCCAUUCUAUAUAUCGCUUCUGUCUGAUCCGUACUGGCAAGUUACUGCCUUGGACGCAAUCUUUGCAUGGCUCCAAGAAGAGACUGCUAAAGUGGAGGAACAUCUACUAGAAGAUCGUGCUGACGGCCUAUCUUUUACUGAUUCGAUUGUCAAAUGUCUAACAAUUUCAAAAGCCAAUGCUUUCGAAAACUUGCUGGAGCCACUCCAGAAACUUCUACGACUAAGUCCUCCAGUCGCAUCAACGCUCGCUCGACCGGAUCUAUUCACUCGCAUUCGUCAAAAGCUUCAUCAUACCAAGGCUGCCGUGCGUUUGAAUUUGCUCCGAAUUCUUUCAAGUAUCUGUGACUCGACAGAAGAACAGAGCGAUUUACUUGCACGCUGUGGCCUGUUGGAUGCUAUUAGAGAGCUCGAGAAUGAUCCAGCAAUUCUUGUGAGAGAUAUGGCUGGCAAACUACUCAAAUCCAACGAGCAUCUUGAGAGCCUGUCAAGUGCAAAAAGAAGGCCAUUAAUGAGACGGACAAGUACUUCCGCUCUAUCUCAACCUUCUGGUGGCAAUUUGUCAAGGCCUACUACUCCCAAUCUCAGACCCGGGCAGUCAAGAGGACUCUUCGAUGUUGCUGAAUCCCCCCGCCACCAGCGCAAGAGUCUACGACCUGUUACUCGAGAUGGCAGCACAUCAACUGGAUCAACCGAUAGCAUCGGACAGGCGGCUGCUCGUAGUCGCGUGCCCCGAGCUAUGAACAGUCGGCUAUCCUUACUCGGCUCCCUUCCAUCAGAAGAAACAAGGUCUCCUUCUUCGUUGAAUCGGCCGCCGUCGGCGAUCAACGCACGACGAAGACGCCAAACGAAUAAUGACAUCGAUUGGGCAUGA